AUGCAGGCCUGGGAAUUCAAACAUUCAGCUUUCCGGGCCGACAGAAAAGAUAACUUGGACAACAUCAGGCGAAAGGCACCCGCGCAUAGAAAGACACAGCAGACGGAAGAUCAGUUUACGACUAAUCAAUCCAUCAAUUUGCUACAGGAAACUUUGUUUGCCCAACAGCAGCAGGUACAAGCGCUGCAGGAACAGGUUGGCGAGAUGCAGCGCGCCAACAAGACGCUUGUUCACGAGGUCCACGCAAUGCACAAGAUCAUUGAUGCCCAGAGGCAGUCACAGCACGAAUUACUCAACUAUAUGUCACAUGCCGAGGACAGAUGGAGAGGCGGUCGGUACCCAGGCCAGAACCCGCAGAUGAACGGCGGUGCUGUCGACGACCAAGCUCCUGAACUACGAAGGGCAAGAGAACUUCUCUCAAGCGUGACAACCAACAGCAUGGUAGACAGAGAGCUCGAAAGGCUCAAUGGCAUAUACGCGCAAAGCUCACCUCCAGACUCUGCUUCUUCCCUCAUGUUCCAGGCGGGCUCAGCCGGCAUGCCACCCAUGAUGGCCGAGCAUCUCAACAUGCGUCACCUUGUCUACCCCGUUGGCGAGAACGUAGGAAUCGACCCCCUUUCUCAGGAUCACUUCAAUAACAUCCCUUACACUCUGAAUUCCUUGCCGAUGAACGAGUUCCAAAAUGUCGUCAAGCCUGAACCGGGCCCAGCAACGCCCGCACCUGCUGCAGCCGCACCUCCACGCCCGCCUUCCAACGACAAGGGGCUAUGGGGACAGAAGAAGCCGAGAGUGUACCUUGUCGAAGAUGACCGCACAUGUUCGAGAAUCGGUUCCAAGUUCCUGACGCAAAUGGAGUGCAUUGUUGAGAUUGCUGAAAAUGGUAUCGAUGCCGUUAAUAGGUGCAAAGAAGUCCCGUCCGGCCACUUCGAUCUUAUCUUCAUGGAUAUCGUUAUGCCUCAAAUGGACGGUGUCUCUGCAACACAAUUGAUUCGUGAAGUCCACCCUGAUGUCCCUGUUGUUGCCAUGACAUCCAACAUCCGACCUGAAGAUAUUAGUCACUAUUUCAACUGGAGUCUGAACGAUGUGCUAGCGAAGCCUUUCACAAAAGACGGCAUGCUGCGUAUUCUUCGCAAGCAUGUAGCACACCUUCUCAAGAACGCUCCACCGGAUGACCUUGCAGUUGGUCACGGAGCCGCCCAGCUGCACGCUGCCAACAUGGGCAUGCCAGCAAUGAACCCUGGCGUCAAGUUCGAUUCAACCCCGAGCCAGUCUCCCGCAACGACUACUUCCUGGCACUCGCCGGGACAAAUACAUCAACCGUCUCCCAACGUCACCAAUAUCGAAACAGGCUACCCAAUGGGCAACACAGCUCAGAUGGUUAUGACACCAACAUCAGCACAACGCCCAACGUUUCAUCAGAGCAUGCCUACAGGCAUGCAGCAAAUGCGUGUGCCAGACCACAUGGCUGGGGGUGACGACCGGCCAGAAAAGAGGCAGAGACUGUAUGGACCGCAAGGUGGAUACGCCUAA